GUCACAGUCUAUAAAAGCCUCUCUAUUGUGGGGGUGCUACUCUGCAGAGGAACUCAAGUGCAGGUCAGAGAAACAGUCAGAGGAAACAGAAGACUGCACCUGGCCACCUUCUUGUCUGUCGUGGUUUCUCUGAGUGAGCUGUAAUCAUGGCCAGAAACCUGCUGAAGAACCCCAGUGGAGAAGAGGAGCUGAAAUUCUGGGAGCUGGUAGAGAAUGGUGGGAGCCCGUGGAAGGUGGAGGAUAUGCCGGGAGACUGUGGUCAUGACUUUUGCAGUGAAGGAGUGACUAAAUACUUUGCAACCUCCUUUGAACUGUGUCUGAAGAGGCAGGUGAUUGACCUGCUGGCAGAGGGAUUCUCAUCUGAACAGCUGGAUGCUCAGCCUCCUGUCACUGUACAAGACUGGUACUGUGGGAGGACUGACUGUGGCUGCACCUAUCAGAUGACCGUGUGUCUGCUAGAUGAGAACCACGAAGUCAUACAGGAGUUCAGACCUGAUUCGGUGACUCUGGACCCCGACUGUGAUGACUGCUCAUGGAAACAGGUUAGCCACACGUUUUCUGACUAUGGCCCUGGGAUGCGUUUCAUUUCCUUUGAACAUGGAGGACAAGACACUAAGUUCUGGGAUGGCUGGUUUGGAGUCCGUGUCACUGGAAGCUCCGUUACUAUCGAGGUCUAAGCAGCACUGACAACAGGAAAAAGGGAACCAAAUAAUAGUGAAAGGUGGAGAAUAAAGAACUAGAAUAUUAUUGUCAGGGCUUUAGAUUGAUGGCCAGCUUUGCCUUAUCCUGCAUUUUGCUGUUCAUGCUGUGAAAACACUGCUUCAUUGAGGAUUUCACUUACAUAUUUGUAAAAUGACACAACACAACCCUACCAUGGUGUCAUCUUGGCUUUACUAACCUGAAAAUCCUUAAACUGCUGCCUGCACCCGUUAUUAUCUACUACAUAAUCUGUUAACUACUACCUCUGUGGAACUACACUGUGGGUUAAACUAAGGGACUGACUUGAUGAGUGGGGUUCUGAAAGUGAUCACAUUUUAACAGUUAACCUAGAAUUAUAAUUAGGAUAUAAACCAAAAAGUUAAUAAAGAAUUUAAUGGAU